AAUAUUUUAAUCAUAUAUUUCAACUGUUUUCCUUCUCUCUCCACUCUAUCUUCUCCCGAACUGGCCCAACCAAUCAUCUCGCAUCCACUUGCGUCGACUGCUGCCGCCGGUGCCACCUGUCUCAUCGUGGCCGGCCGCACCCGCCGCCGGCACCUGCCUUGCUGUGGCCGCCCGCAUCCCCCGUCGCCUCCUGCCUCGCCAUCGCCGCCACCAAGCCCCGCGGCUGACCAUCCAUGCCCCCAGCCGGCCCCGUCGACCAUCCCCGCUCGCCGCUGAACCGGCCUCCCCAUCCGUCCCCAACUCCACGCUCGCCGCCACACCAGCCUCCAUGCCGCGGUCUCCGCCUCCGUCGGCCGCCGCCACCAAACAACGAAAUCGGCCGGAUCCACUCCACGACGGCGGCCGAACCAUUCUGCUCCCUUCGUUCCUGAGUAAUUGGCGCCGCAAAAAAAACUCUAUAAAUUUUCGAACUGCAUGGGAAGCUUCUCAGUUUAGGGAGGGAGAAAGGGGGUCUGCUGGAUGGUGUUUUUUGUCCAAAACACCUAAAUUUCAGGAUAGGGGUCGAGUAGGGGUUCUCGACUUGCUCGUAGCGGCCGAACUAUUCUACUCUCUCCGUUCCUAAUUAAUUGGUGCCGGCUAGCUGUAUUGCAAAGUAACUCUUCUAAAUUUCCAAAAUAAACCUGCAGUCCACAUCUUCAAAUAAACGUGGACUGCGCAUUGAUUUCGAAAAACAAUAGGUGGUUUUUCGCAAAAAUUCCGAUAGAACAUGGACUGCAGGUUUAUUUCGGAAAUUUACAGGUUUUUAUUUGCAAAACAUCCGGCACCAAUUAAUUAGGAAUGGAGGGAGUAUGUAUUAUUCAAAAUUAAGGCCUUCCAAUCCAAUUGGAGUAACAUUAGGGCAACCUCAUCUUAAAUCAUAUCAUAUAUAUUUGAUAUAUACUUCCUCCAUUUCAUAAAGAUUGGCGUAUUUUGUUUCGUUAAGACAAAAGGUUUUGACCAAUUAUAACUCUAUUAAUAUGUGUGUUUACAUACAUGAAAUUUAUAUCAAUAAAUUCGUCUUUAAAAGUUCUUUCUAAUAAUCAUGAUUUUGUAUCAUAUAGGUUAUAUAUUAAUAUGUAAUUCUUGGUCAAAACCUUGUUUUAGCAGAAAAAAUAUGCCAACCUUUGAAAAAAUGAGGUAUUUAGAUAUAACUCCACAAAUGGUUUGUAUAUUAGAGUUGUAUCUAAUAAACUCACAUUUGAUGUGUUCCGUGUAUUCUAGAAAAACAUUUGAAGUGUAUAAAGGAGUUGUUUUCUGUUCAAGCUAAGAGACAAGUCUAGAUCGAUUAAUAAUUUAACUAAUAAAAUGUCGCAUAAAAAAAAUCUUAGUUAGCAUGGUUUAGACGCGAUAUACAUAGGUCGAUUGAUCGUUUAAUCAAGCAAUACAGUUAGUGAAAAAGUAGGUGUGGUCAGUGGUAUUCCUGUAAGUAGUCAAAAUUGUGCACAACUAAUGAUCAUCAAAUUAGCACGUGGCUUAAAAAACUUCAUUCAUAUAUAGGCCAACAACCAUGUGCAGAGACAUUUUUAUAAACUUGCUAUCACUUAAUCAAAUAUAACUACGAAUAAUUUUUGUGGUAGGUAAAGCCGCACUUACUCUGGCAAACUAGGGUCAAUUAGUUCUUUUCCUUCUAAUUUGCUAAGCUUACUUUACCUCCUAACUAUCACAUCACCCAACUGGUUUCUGGAUGGAAAAUCAUUCGUAUUUUUACGUUCCUGUGCAGAAAAGUAUAUAAGUCAUACUUUAUUAUUUGCACAGAUGCCAAUUUCCUGUAAUUUUUAAUUAAAAAAUAUAUGUGAACACGUAAGAAAUUUUAACUCUGAUGCAUGGGUUAAGGUGUUGUGAUAUAUGUAGAGCGCCAGAUAAGUGAGGAGAAACAAAGUAAGGACAAAGUGAGUCCGGACAAUAAUAUAGGAGAGGAAAAUAUACUCUUUGUUUUCUUAAAAAUCAAGCAUAGCUAAAGUUCAAUUGCCCAAGAAAUAAAGGGCAGUUGGGUGGUUGUACGACCAGUUCAUCAGGAUCAAACCCCAUGUUUGAUGCCCAUGUGUCUUGUUAAAGUUGAUUAUUCCCUCGGUGAUACGUAACAUAUCCGUUGACAACAACAUUUUUAUCAAUCUUUAAACUCUGCGAUUCCAAUCUUUAGUACGCGUAAUGUGUGAGUGAGUAUAAGCAAUGUGUGGGUGCGUAUGUGGUUCUUCAAAUCGCUAAAGUUCAAUUGCCCAAGAACUUAAUAAUGUGGUACGAAAUGUCAAUCUUUUUCGCAGAAAUCAAAUGUACUCACCAUACACAUGGUUACGACCGAUAAAGGGCAAGAGUAAAUCUGCAAUUUCUACAGAUUUUCUACCACACGCAUGUGUAUAAAUGUGAAUGGAAAUAUCAACAGUCAUCCACUUUGUGAGAAAACUCAAAAUUAUGCCUACUUUCGCAACAAAUGGGUGCAUGAUCCAUUGUUGUUGUAUUUUAUUUGCUCAAUUAUCGUUCACACCAUAGUCAUAGUCAUAGUGGGAGUAACAUAGGUGGUAUCAUGCAUUGCCACCUAACCAUUGAGAUGAUGUGACAUAUUAUUGAAUGAAAAAAGACAUAAUACUAAUAUCACAAUAUGAUACCGUAACAUAACUUUUUAUCAGACAUGAUGUCUCUUAUGAGUCAGUAAAUGAAGAUCAUAUGAUAUCAUGUCUAUGAUAUUAUGCAUUAUGAAGGUAGUAACAUAUAUUAGUAUCAUAUACAAUGGCACGCCCAUGACGAGCCUAAGUUGACAAUGGCACGUACUUUUGGGGAUCCGUUUAUAGCCAACGGAAAAUAAAAAGAAUAACAGUGUGUAGCAGCUGACAAUUAACAAGAAACCGCUAGUAUUGUUUCUGAAAAAAAAACUAGCAAAUGGUACCAAACAGGUUGGUGACUUACAUGGAAAGUUGAACCUCCGUUCAUCAAGGUUGGUAGCCAGUACUCACGGUCGGAGGACCCAGUAGGGCAAGGUAUGGCAACCGCCCUACCUUGAUUUUUGCCUCAGCUACGGAUUGGGGAAUAUUAUGAAAUGGGGAGCUAAAGGGCAGAAUCUGUUCGUAGGGUGAUGGGAGGAGAAACGGUCAGGAGCGAGAGAAGAAUCCGUUCGGCGGAAUGUCCCAAGACGAGUCAAUUAUGGCCGACAUGAUCAACGACGGCUCCCAGUACGCCAACUACACCUAAUCCCAAGAAUAAGAGGCAUUCGCCGGCGAGGAGGCCGAAGAGGGAGCCAGAGAGGGAUGGGCCGACCGGACAGAGGAACCAGCCGUCGCCGAGCCGAGGGGGAAGAAGAAGGCGGCCGCUAAGAAGAAGAAGGUCGGCGGCGGAGACCGAUGCCCCAAAUGGACCUCCAAGGAGAACGGGUGCCUUGCCGAGGCUUGGAAGGUCGUGAGCAUGGAUCCCUUCACCGGCGCGAAUCAAAAUACUGUCACGUAUUGGAGGCGGGUGAAGGCGGCGUAUGAUGAGCGCCGGGUCGUCGAUCGGGAGUUCGCGAUGUUGACCCACGAUCACAACGAGUCCGGCAUGUCGCACCGUUGGGCUUGAUCCAACUAGCGUGCAACAAAUGCUAUGGCAUUCAAGAAGAGGUGCGCUGGCGACCCCAAAGCGGCAACAACGCCCACGAUCAGGGUCUUGUAGAUGGUCGCCAUGUUCAUCGCCUACCGAGAGGACAACGACGACGUCGAGUUCAAAUUCAUCCACGUCUUCGCAAGAAUUGAGACGUGCGAGAAGUGGAUGGAGACGCGGAAUGCUCUCUCCAAGUCCGGCCCCUACGACCCGAAAGCCGCUUCUUCGGCGGCAUCAAAAGGCCGGCCCAUCGGGCACAAGAAGGCAAAGGCGGCGAGAGAUACCGUGCCGGCCACGGAGCGUCUUUACACAUGCAUCGAGAAGUGCAUGACCGCCGCCGCCGCACAAGCCGCGAAGAGGGAGGAGCUCGCCGCCAAGAGGGAAGAGGAUGCAGCGUCACGGUGGGCGACGGUAAUCAAGAAGCAAGAUGACAAGCUCGAGAUCCUCAAGGGGAACGUCGCGCCGAAGAAAAGACGAGAGGACUUGUUGAUCUUGACUUGCGACACCACUGGCAUGGACAUCGAGUGGUACGACGGCCAACAUAGUCUGAUUUUGGCCGAAGCGAGAGCACCGGCCUCAUCGACUCUGCCACCGGCCACCUCUACUCCAUCGGCGCCAUCAAACGCCCGAAAGAGAAACUCCGGCCAAUUCUACACCACCGGCGAGCUCGGAAGCGGCAUCAACACCGGCGGAUGACGAAGGGGCCGAGUGAUUUUACUUUAUUUAAGUUUAAUGUAAUUUUGAUCGCCGAGACUUCUAAUGAAUUUGGACGAUUUGGUGAUUUAGGCCGGCCUCUGAAGUGGCGGCAAAAGUUUUUUU